CGCGUGAGUUGUACCAAAAUUCAGGGGUCCUGAACUCCUUGGCCAAGCUUUUCUGCACACCACUGUUGUGGGCGAGAUUCCUUUAAAAAAUUAAGUGUCUGCGUAGCCACAAACCACAGCUAUGUCCCUCUACGAUGACCUCGGGGUCGGGGCGAGCGACACCAAAACAGAGGGCUGGUCGAAGAACUUCAAACUCCUACAGUCGCAGCUCAAAGUAAAGAAGGCUGCUCUCACACAAGCCAAGAGCCAGCGUAUGAAACAGACGACAGUCCUGGCUCCCGUCAUAGACCUGAAGAGAGGAGGCGCGGGCGAUGACAGACAGAUCUCCGACACACCCCCUCACAUCGCGGCCGGAAUGAAGGACGGGGCACCCAGUGGCUUCUUGUCGGGCGACGUGCUGAUCCCCCUGGCGGACGAGUACGACCCCAUGUUCCCCAACGACUACGAGAAGGUGGUCAAGAGGCACCGCGAGGAGCGCCAGAGGCAGCGCGAACAGGAGCGGCAGAAGGAGAUCGAGGAGAGGGAGAAGAAGAGGAAGGAGCGUCACGAGGGCGGCGGCGCCCCCAGUGGAUUCUCCCGCUUCCCCACGGAGGGAGAGUCAGACGAGGAGGACGACUACGAGAAGGAGAAGGAGAAGCGGAAGAGGACCAUGGGAGGAGCAGCGAUCGCCCCACCCACGUCACUGAUCGACAGAGACGCGUAUCAAUACGAGGAUGAUGGGCGAGAAGGCAGAGAGGGGCGGGAGGGGAGAGAGGGCCGGGAAGGCAGGGAAGGCAGAGAAGGCAGAGAGGGAAGAAGCUCCCGCGGCUCCAAGGCAGCCAUCCCGCCCCCCAUGUACGAGGACUCGGACCGACCACGCUCCCCGCCCGGACCCACCAACUCCUUCAUCGCCAACAUGGGUGGUACGGUGGCUCAUAAGAUCAUGCAGAAGUACGGCUUCCGCGAGGGCCAGGGGCUGGGCAAGCACGAGCAGGGCCUGAACACCGCCCUGUCAGUGGAGAAGACCAGCAAGAGGGGCGGCAAGAUCAUCAUCGGCGAGACGGCAGAGAAGGGUUCCAGUCAGGCCGUUACAGAUGCGCCUGGUUGGGGACUGGGUGCUACAGAGGUGGCGAAGAAGGGUGCGGCGGCAGCUGCAGCAGCGGGAGGCCCUGGAGCAGCAGCAGGAGCCGGGGCAGGGGCCGAUAUCAACCCCCUCACAGAGAUACUCAAAUGCCCCACCAAAGUGGUGCUGCUGCGGAACAUGGUGGGACGAGGAGAGGUUGACGAAGACCUGGAGGGCGAGACGAAAGAAGAGUGUGAAAAAUAUGGCAAAGUCGUCAAGUGUGUCAUCUUCGAGAUUGCCGAAGUUACGGAUGAUGAGGCGGUCCGCAUCUUCCUGGAGUUUGAGAGAGUGGAGUCAGCUAUCAAAGCUGUUGUUGACCUGAAUGGACGCUACUUUGGUGGCCGGGUGGUGAAGGCGUGUUUCUACAACUUGGACAAAUUCAGAGUUUUGGAUCUGGGAGAACAAGUGUGAUGACCAGCACGCACGCACACACACACACACACACACACACACACACACACACACACACACACACACACACACACGAUUAAAUGCCCAUUUUCUGUGUUUGUAUGUCAUAGCUUGGACAGGAUACGACUAUUGAAUUGUAUAUACAGCACCGGCAGUGUUACCACUACACUGUAGAUUUGUGUAUCACGUCUGUUUGUUUUGUAUGGAGGUGGAAUGUGGAAAACACUGUAAAUUUAAAAACAUUAAAUUAGUUAUUUGUUUUUAUAAGGAAACAAAACUGA